UCGGAGCUCAUGUCGCAGCCCACGGUCGGCUUCCAGGGCGUGCCCGGCGCGUACAGUGAGUCUGCGUCCAUCGAGGCCUUCGCCGCAGCCGGCGUGGACGAGAUACAAGCUCGCGGCUUCCACACUUUCGAGGACGUCUUCGUGGCGCUCUCAAAGGGCGCGAUAGACUACGCAGUUCUCCCGGUCGAAAACACGCUCGGCGGCUCCAUCCACGUCAACUAUGAUCUGCUGCUUCGCUUCCACGGCGCCGUGCACAUCCUGGGCGAGUACACCCUCCGCGUGCGCCACACGCUCCUCGCGCUGCCCGGUGUGCAGCUCAACGACAUCAAGAAGGCGAUGAGCCACCCGCAGGCGCUUGCACAGACAGAGUCGUACCUGCGCACGGCGGGAAUCGCGCCCCUCGUCGGGUACGACACCGCCGGGUCAGCAGAGCUGGUGGUGCAGCAAGGGCUGCGCGACACCGCCGCGAUCGCUUCCAUCCACGCGGCCAAGGUGCACGGCCUCGAGGUGCUGGACUACGGGAUCGAGGACGACCCGAACAACUUCACGCGCUUCCUCAUCCUCUCGCGCGCCGCGCCGCCUCCGGGCGCGCUUCUCGGCUUCGCCGCCAAGACGUCCGUCGUCUUCACACCGCACCGCGACGAGGCGGGCGUCCUCUUCAAGGCGAUGUCCGUCUUCGCGGUGCGAGACAUCAACCUCUCCAAGAUCGAGAGCCGGCCACACAAGCCGGGCGUGCUCGGCGCGGGAGCAGGCCCAGCCGCUGGCGCUUCGGGCGGCGCAGAGGCGCGCCGAGCGUCCGCGGCCAACGGAACCGCGGUUGUGCCGGCGGCUAGCUUCGAGUACACCUUUUACGUCGACCUGCUGGUUGGGGUCGAGGAGGACGGGACGCAGAAUGCGCUCCGCCACCUGCGCGAAAUGUGCUCGAGCUUCUCGGUGCUCGGCUGCUACCCGCAAAACGGGCUCGUGCUGCGCCCCGCCGACGGAUCGCCGCAGACCGACGCCUCUCCGCCCGCCUCCUCCGGCGCGCGCGUGUCGCACGGGCCAGCCACGCGGCUCCGCGUCGGCAUCGUCGGCUUCGGAACCUUCGGCCAGUUCCUCGCCCGCCGCUGGGUCGGGCGCGGCCACGCUGUCUUCGCUCACUCGCGCGGUGACUACGCGAAGACGGCGGCGGGCAUGGGGGUGGCGUGGGUGCCAGACGCGGCGGCGCUGUCCGAGCUGAGCGUGGACGUGCUCUUCGUCGCAACCUCGAUCCUCUCGUUCGAGAAGGUGCUGCGCGCGCUGCCCGCGCCGCUGCUCGAAAAGGCGCUCGUGGUAGACGUCCUCUCCGUCAAGGCGCACGCCAAGCAGACAAUGCUCGCCGUGCUGCCCCCGACCGCCGACGUGCUGUGCACCCACCCCAUGUUCGGGCCCGACUCUGGGCGGCACGGCUGGCAGGGGCUGCCUUGCGUCUACGACCAGGCGCGCGCCGCGCCAGACGCCGCCGACUGCCGCGGCGGCUGCCAGAUGGUCAAGCUGUCGUGCGAGCGACACGACGCGCUCGCCGCCGCGUCGCAGUUCGUGACGCACCUCACCGGCAGACUCCUCUCCAAGCUGCAGCUGCAGCCGUCGCCGAUCGCGACGCAGGGUUUCAAGGCGCUGCUCCAGCUCGUCGACAACACGCGCGCACCGCCCUCGUUCGGCCUCUUCUGCGCGCGUGAACGGCGUCUCUUCACAGCGGCUGGAGUGUGGACAGGCGCCGCCUUCUCCGAGCUCCGGCGCGAGAUACUCGACUUCGGCGCGGCGCCGCCUGCGCCGGCCGGUGAGAUUGCAAUCUCGCGCACCGUCGCGGCGAUGCCCGCGUCGGCGACGGUCGCCAUCUCGGAUCUCGCCAUCGAGCUCAAGCGGCAGGGCAAGCCCGUCAUCUCCCUCUCGGUCGGCGAGCCCGACUUUUCGCCUCCGCCCGAGGUGAUGGAGGCGGCGCACGAGGCGCUGCGCGAGGGCAAGGUCAAGUACACCGCGCUGGCGGGGUCGCACGAGCUGCGCUCCGCCGUGUGCGACGAUUUGCUCCGCCGGAAGGGCCUCAAGUACGAGCCGUCGCAGGUGGUCUGCUGCUGCGGCGCGAAGCAGGCGAUCCUGCAGGCUGUGCUCGCGCUGUGCAACCCAGGCGGCGACGUCACCGCGCCGACGCCGCGCUGCGACAUGUCCAGGACGCGUCCUCUUGACGCCACAGGCGACGAGAUCAUCGUGCCGACGCCGUACUGGCCGUCGCACCUCGGCACCGCCCAGCUGCGCGGCGCGAUGCUCAUCCUCUGCAACCCGUCCAACCCGACCGGCGCUCUGCUCCCGCGCGCCGCCCUCGAGGGCGUCGCGGCGGUGCUGCGGCGCCACCCGCAGGUCGUCGUCCUCGCCGACGAGAUCUACGAGCUCAUAGCGUACGACGAGCCGCACGUGGCCUUCGCGACGCUGGAAGGGAUGUACGAGCGCACCCUCACCGUCAACGGCUUCUCCAAGGGGGCGGCGAUGACGGGCUUCCGGCUCGGCUACGUCUGCGGCCCGCACGGCGCCAUCAAGGCGAUGGCAAAGGUGCAGGGCAACAACACGUCCUGCCCCUCCUCGAUCGCACAGCACGCGGGCGUCGCCGCCGUCACGCACGCGCACGGCGCCUUUGCGGAGGCCGCCACCGCAAACUUCCGGCGCAAGCGCGACUACGUGGUCGGCCGGCUGCGAGGCAUGGCCGGCGUGAGCUGCCCGGUGCCGCAGGGCGCGUUUUACGUCUUCCCCACCGUCUCGGCCUUUUACGGCCGCACGGCCCCCUCGGGCGCCGCGCCGCACGACUCGACCUCGCUGUGCGACUACUUGCUGCGCGAGGAGCAUCUCGCCCUCGUGCCCGGCGCCGGCUUUGGCGCGCCCGGCUGCGUGCGCAUCUCGUACGCCACGUCGAUGGAGGCGCUGCAGGAGGCGAUGGACCGGAUGGAGCGCGGGCUGGCCAAGCUCUGCAAGUAGUCACACGCGGCGACACCGCUCGGCAUCGCGCCCCGAUCGCGCAUGACUGUUGACUCUGGACCACACGAGCUGUUAGUUAGCGGCGCCGUCUAUUUGCCGCACUUACCGUGCACGCGGAGUCCGGUCCGGGCGGUAGCGCCGCCACCGCGCAUGGAACAUUAAAAAAGAAAGCAUGUUCGUG